AUGCAUAUGAAAGACUAUGUGAGCAUAUGGCACUGUAUUUCAGAUCCGACAAUGUUAUUGGCUGUUGGUCUGUCUUUGGGACUCUUCCUCUUGCUUCUGAUUGGUGUAUCUGUCUACUUCCUGUGGAGGAGGUGCGGCCAAAGACGAUACCAGGAAAUGGUCACCAUGAUAGCCCCCUUCCCAGCGUGCACCACUCCAAUUCUCCUGACCAAUCAGAGACCCAGGUACAGGCCAGAUGAGAUCCCAUUCUUCCUGCCGCCCCGAUUUAAACCAAAUCUCAGGAGCGAGGAGGGGGAGAAAGAGGGACGGAAGGACCUCAGCAGCACCCAUCGUGGAUCUCUCACAGUAGGGAGCUGGUAUCCAGUAGGUAGUGUAAGGGCAAGUCUGUACUGGAUCCCUGAUGUCAGUGAGAUGUCACCCCCCCCUGGUCGCGCCGUGCGACUGUGCUUCUCAGUGACCUAUCGCCAUGACAACGAACAGCUUUAUGUCUCGCUGCUCCGCCUGAGCAACUUGCCAACAUGUUUCUAUAGUAACGACACACUGGCAGAUCUGCGACUUCUCCCUGACGACCGUCGCCGACACAAGGCCAGGGCCCGAUGCAGGGGGCGCGACCCCGAGUUCAACGACAGCUUUGUGUUCCAGGUAUCGGGUGUGUGUGUAUCUGAGAGUGUGCUCAGUGUGUACGUGUUGAGUGUGGAUCGGGGGGGCAGACACCAUGCGGUGGGCAGGGUUCUGUUCCCUAUUGAAGGGGAGCUGGGGGAGGGGGGCAGGCUGCUCUGGAGAGACCUAGAGACUAAGGACGAAAUGCAGUGUUCAGGUCUUGGUGAUAUUCAGGUGUCUCUGAACUACAGUCCGUCUCUACAACGCCUCACUGUGGUCAUACUGAGAGCACGCAGCCUGCAGAUACACACUGACACAGGCGUGUGUUUCCAGGUGAGCCUAAAGAUCCACACUCGGGUAGUGAAAUCCAGACGGACACCAGUGGUUAGUAGUGGAGCUGAACAUGGCUUCAACCACAAGAUGACCUUUAAGCUCCGCCCCGCUCAGCUCGACCAGACCUGUCUGAUCUUGGAGCUGAUUGUAUCAGGCCUUACCCCAGUAGGUGUGGUGGUGCUGGGGCCAUUCAUGUAUGCCAGGGGGCCUCAGCUUCAGCACUGGACUGACAUGGUCAAUACACCCAACGAACUGGUCAAACAGUGGCAUGGACUAGGCAAGCCCACAUAACAC